AUGGCAUCUCUUCAAGCUCCGUCCAAGAAGCCUCGGCUUUCUCUUCAAAUCAAGACAGCAUGCAGCCCGGCCACAAGGUCAUCGAGGAGUUAUGCGGUCGACCCAAAGGACCCAACUGCCUUCAAUACACUUUCCAACGUGUAUGUUACUACUAUCGAAAGAGCAACUCCGUCUCAGCCUGAGCCCUUAACCGCCAUCAAUACUCUUCAGGCAUUCAGUCUUGCAUCUCCGGUGGAACACAAGGACGCGAAAUACAGAGUUGUUACGCCUUAUGUCGCUUCUUAUCCAGAAACUCCCUCAUCUGAAACAGCGCCAUCACCACAUCCAGGGCUGGAGAUCAACUACCCAAGCACUAUGACAGCCACGCCUCCCCUUUCUGCCGGACCAGUCGAGUCCAACACUGCCACGGCCUUUAGUUUCUCGCCUGCCGAUAUCUCUGCUGCCCCAGGCCGAAAAGACUUCCUCCAGCCUGAAAAACGCACUCUCUCUCGUCCACAUACUCUUGCCGAGUUGGCUCCCCAGGCACCUUACACACAUCCUCGGUCACUUCAUAGCAUUCUACGCAACUCACCUCUCCCUCCGCCCACUGCCAUCCCUCCUCCAUCCCCCCGGCGACAGUCACGGCGGCUGCAAGACAAAGCAAACCGAAGAGUGUGCUAUAACAACCCCCUUACUCAGGAGAUUGUGACAAACAAAUACACCAAAUCACAUAUCGACCUCCUCGUUGAGGAGGCUUCGCCACACUCUCCUCCAUGUGUACCACCCCAGCCUCAGAGCGCUAUUGAUCUCGCCCUGGCAUUCCACCCCAAUGAGAUCCAAGACGGAGGGCAAACCCCUGGACCUUUCGAGGAUAUGCGCCGCCGGAUGACUGGGUUGGCCACAGCCAGUACACCACUCUCCCCGUCAGGACCAAGGGGUAUUUCGAAACGUAAGAAGAAGGAAAAGAAGCGAAGGUGGGUAUGGACUAUUGGUCAAGAGGGAGAGGAUGAUGAUGAGAACAUAGGAGGUUCCAUCGCUGCUCUAAGGGCAGGAGCUGCAAAGACUAAGGAGGUUGAUGAAAUCAAGACACCGGUGACUGCCAUCAAAGCCCCUCUCAUUACCUUCCUUACAACGCCGACACCGAGAAUUGAGAGCUUCGAAAGUUUAGAUAGAAUCUUAACAGAUAGCUACGACGUCGAGAUGUCAGACACCAGCAGCUGUCUUAGUGUACCAGAAGACGCUCCGUACAUGAUAGGCCAGAUGGAUUUGGACUUGAGGACACCGACUGCUCAACCGGAAAGGAGCAGGGAUUCAAACAUACUACAGCCGCCAGAUAGUGGCAUUGGUGGACUUGGUCUCGCCCCAGGUAUGGAAAGAGACUCUCCGGUACCGCCAGACAUGUUACGCGCAGAAUGA